ACAUACGUACACUGAUAUGAUACGAUGCAACUCAAACACUUUGGGUACAGUCGGCGAUAGCAAUGACAAACUAUCAACUGUUAUAUUUUCCUCUCAGAGGGCGUGGCCAAGCAACUAGGUACUUCUUCGUGGAUAAUGGGAUCGACUUUAAAGAAGUUAAUAUUAGACAGGACUGGUUCGAAACCUAUAAACCGCAGAUGCCAUUUGGUCAAGCGCCUUUAUUGAAAGAUGGCGACUUUGAAGUGGCUUAUUCAAGCUCUAUUCUGCGUUAUCUUGGAAGAAAACAUGGAUUGUACCCGAAUGAUGUAAAAGAAGCAGCCAAGGUUGAUAUGAUUGCCGAUCACGUUGAGGACAUCAGAGAGCCGUAUAUUAAAAUGAUUUAUUACAGUUACGAUACUGAAAAAGAUGACUAUGUGAAAACUGCUAUCGUACAGCUUGGAUAUGUCGAAAACCUGCUUAAAAAGUGGGGAGCUGAAUACAUUUCAACAAAGAUAUCGUUUGCCGAUUACAACCUGUUUGAUAUACUAGAUGUUCAUGUUAUACUCUCCCCUACCUGCCUAGACGCAUUCCUUACCCUCAAAGCAUACUACGAUCGCAUGGCUUCACGACCUAACUUGAAGAAAUACCGGGCUACAGAGGAAUUUAAGAAGCUACCCGUCAAUGGAAAUGGGAAACAGUAAAUAUACAGGAAGUGACGUCAUCCAAGAUGACUGAUACCUGAAUAAUUAUAAUUUUGUUAGAAAAGCAUAAUUUACAAACUGGAUAUCCUAGUCAUCAUGCAGUCAUCAUGCAGAAAGCGCAGCAAAGGUUUUUUCAUUUAAGAAUUGUCGUUAACUCUUGUAACCGUUCAAAUGAUCUGCAAAAGUCACAUUUAUGCACAUCUUUCAUUCAUAUUAGUUGUUCAUAAAUUCAUACGGUCAUUUUAAUAAAUAAUUAUGACCUCUUCACACUUGAAAUAACCCAUGGGAGGAAUUUCAUCGUCUUAUUCCCAACCAUUCCGAAUGCAAUGUCGAAAGCGAAAGGAAGGAAAUUAAAAUCGUAAAAAAUGUUAUUUUUAGGCCUACAUUUUGGGUAGAUUGGUAGCUUUUACUAACCUCAGAAAGCAUGUAACGCUUCAAUGUCAUGGAAUACCAUCCACACAAAACAGAGACUUAAAAGAAAAUAAUUUAUUUCAUUUACAUGAAUAUUUCAACAAUUGUUGUUGUACCCUAUGCUUUCAAAAUCAACAGAUCACUACAACACCAAACUAAUGUAAACUUUACAACCAACGGUACUUUUUUCAACGCGGGUGUAGCGUUAAGAGGUUGUCAUUAGAUUCUGGUCAUAGUGUGUUCUUCCCUCUAAAAAAGAUGCAAAGUGUGAACAUGUGACACACAAGGCUAGCGUAAACAAAAUAUCUCAAGCCAAAGUUAGAAAUAUUUUCAA